AUGAUCUCCUUCUGUUAUUCCCUCAUUCUGUCCUUCCUCUCAUUAUCUGUUACAGUAGCUACUGCCCAGCAAAACAUUAGUGUUGCUCCAGGAGAUGCUGACCCUUAUUGUUUGGAUAUACCAAUAAGAAAUGUCACUUUUCCUAAUGAAAAAAUUCUACUGGACUCACAGAAUUACAGGUCGCUUCUUCUUGUUGGAGCUGAAGGAGAAAAUAGGACUUGGCUGACCAUUGAUUAUGAUGGAGGGGGAUCUGGUCGAGGUGAAGUUGCUUUUGCCGAUGCUUGGUUUGAAAGCAAUCAAGGAGUACAGUGCUUGUAUCGAAUCAACGUUUGUGCUAAUCUGAUCCCUGAAGGAUCAUCUUCAUUCCAGAGCAAUUGGUUGAUAACACAAUACAUUAAUAUUAGUGAACCAGGAUUGAACCAAUUAAGAAUUAACAUAACAUUCUCAUCAAAUUUGCAGUGUGAAAACCAGCAAUGUGGCCAGCAGACAUUUGAAGUGCAGACAUAUGAAACUAAUGAACCAGAUGAAAUGAACAGAGGAAAUAUCAGUUAUUAUUCAUAUGCUGGUGUUCGUCUGAUACAAACUGCUGUUGAAGGAGCUACAACUGACUCAGAGACAUUUGCUUGUACUGUCAUUAAUCGGAUUGUUGUAUUCUACAAUGUCUGCCCUUAUCAAAUAUUGAAUAAAGCUAUCUAUCCAGAGACAGUAGCUCCCCAAGGGAAUUUUGAUCCAGACAAAAAUGUGAAUGCUACUUGCAUUGAUAAUGCCAGUCCUGCAACACCAAAUAGUGUAAGUAUAAAGUGUAGGUUAUUAGGAGUGUGGAUUGGAUCAGCUUCAUGUGAAUGUAAUCCUGGAUAUGAGGCUAAUGAUACAGCUUGUCAAGCAUGUCCUGCUGGCCCGUACAAAUAUGACACUGACACUGACUGCAGUGAUUGUCCUGCUAACAGUGACUCAGUGCAUAUUGGAUCUUCCUACUGUCAGUGCAGUAACGGACACUAUAGAGCAGCUUAUGAAACUGUCAAUAUGGAUUGCACUGCACCUCCUGGCCCCCCACAUUCUUUUUCCUUUUCAUUCACUUCCACUAGUAUUAAUAUUACAUGGGGUCCUCCAAUCAACAAUGGAAACCGUUCAGAUAUAUUUUACCAUGUUAAAGUAAUGGACCAAUCUAAUGGGAACUUUGUCAAUUUUUACAAUACAAGUAACACCUUCUACCAACUAACAGGUCUCACUCCAUUGACUACUUACACUAUAACCAUCACAUCAAACAAUGGUGUCUCAGAUCAGGACAUGUCAAAUGAAUUAGGGAGACAGGUCUCAAUUAACGUGAAAACAACAUCUUCUCCGCCCUCAAGCCCUCAAUCACUCAUAUUACAAAGUUCACCAACUGGUCAACCUACUGUACUAACAUGGAGUGAACCACAGUAUCCUUAUGGUGUUAUCAUUUGCUAUAAUAUAUUAGUGAGUAAGUUCCUUGAUUCUGAUACUGCUAUUGUUAGAGGCAGUGUUAAUGGUACCACACUUCGAUAUGAUUUGAAUCAAAUUGAUCUUGUCUCUGGCCACUAUUUUAUUUCGGUACAAGCAGUGACAAUUCAUGGAGAAAGUGACCUAUCACCUCCCAUUCUAUACUUCAUGGCAACCAGUACUAGAGCAAGUUCUUCAAUUGUGACAACACUCUCUACUACAACAAGUAGUGGAACAUGUCCCUCUGUUGUGACCAUACCCUAUACUACAACAGUUAUUUCUACUGUCGGUCAAGUUUGUUCAAGCACAGCUGCAGUGUGUUCCACUAAUAAUGUAGCUGAAAGUUAUAGUGAACUGCGAAUUAUUUCAAGUGGUAAGCAUGGUAUUACUUUAUUGGAGCUAUUUUUAUUCAAUGAAUACAGUGUUGUUCAGUAUAUUAGGAGUGUUCCUUUUGCUGUCAAUAGUGCUUCACAUUGUGUCAGUGACCCUGUAUUGUUACAUGAGGAAUAG